AUGGAAAACAAAACUACUGUGACUGAAUUUCUUCUUUUAGGACUUUCUGAUGACCCAACAACCCAAGUUUUCUUGUUCCUGGUUUUUUCAUCAAUCUACUUAAUAACCUUAGUAGGAAAUAUGAUCAUCAUAUUGGUAAUAAGGGCUGAUCCUCAAUUACACACUCCAAUGUAUUUCUUUCUUAUUAAUUUAUCAUUCCUUGACAUCUGCUAUUCUUCUGUAACAGUUCCCAAAAUGCUACAGAAUCUCCUGGCUACUAAAAAGACAAUUUCUCUCUCUGGCUGCAUAGCUCAAGUUUUUUUCUUUAUUUUCAUGAUUGGAACAGAGAUCUUCUUACUUUCAGCAAUGGCGUAUGAUCGUUAUGCUGCUAUAUGCUACCCACUGAGAUACAACACCAUUAUCAAUCACCGUUUAUGCAUCCAAAUGGUUCUGGUUGCAUGGCUGUCAGGUUUCCUGGAUUCCUGUGUCAAUACACUUUUUUUAACUAACUUAUAUUUCUGUGGUCCCAGUAACAUUACCCAUUUCAGCUGUGAGUUACCUCUGCUAUUGCAGCUGUCUUGCACUAGUACUUUUGCCAAUGAAAUGGUCAUUCUUAUCUUUAGCAUGCCAUUGGGAUUUGCUGCCCUUCUCCUAAUUAUAGCUUCCUAUGUACGUAUUGUUGGCUCUAUUGUCAAGAUAAAUUCUGCAAAAGGAAGGCAGAAGGUAUUCUCUACUUGUGCUUCCCACCUCACAGUAGUUUUCUUGUUUUGUGGGACUGCUUUCAUUAGAUACAUGAAACCUGCCUCUGGCUAUUCAGACACCAUGGACAAGCUUGUGUCAAUCCAGUACAGUAUCCUAACCCCCAUGUUAAACCCCAUUAUAUACAGUCUGAAAAACAAAGAUGUAAAAAAUGCUCUAAAAAAGCUUUUUAGAAAGUGA